CAGUAGCUCCUUGACGAUAACUCUGAAAGAAAACUGAAAAACAAAUUAACCCUAGUAAUUCAAGUCCUUGACUUCAAAGCAUCCGCCAGUGGAAUUCUUAAUUCCCUGGUGCAAACCCUUAACCCCCCUUUCACGCAAGCUACAUGCUAUAAAUACCAAGUCACGCUCUCACCAAUACAAACUACAAUUUGAACACAUCGCAACCCAUCCACAGAUUCCAAGAUGGUUAAAUUCCGGCGAGUUCUCCGGUCAACUUGUCUCUUCCUAUUACUCUUUAUAGUCCGUUGUACACCUCCUGAGGAUCACAUCAAAUGUGUUUCAGAAAACAAUAACUGCACUAUUACUAAUUCCUAUGGGACUUUCCCUGAUCGAAGCAUAUGCCAAGCAGCAUACGCGGCGUAUCCCACCACAGAAGAAGAGCUAAUUUCACUAGUAGCCAAUGCAACCAAGGCAAAAAGGAAGAUGAAAGUGGCCACUCGCUUCUCCCAUAGCAUUCCUAAGCUAGCUUGUCCGGAUGGUUUAGAUGGGCUGCUCAUAAGCACCAAAUACCUCAAUCGUGUGUUGGAGAUUGACCUUCAAUCCAUGAGAAUGAGUGUAGAGAGCGGCGUCACACAAAGGCAGCUUAUUAACGAAGCUGCCAAGGCAGGGCUCGCUUUGCCUUAUGCUCCGUACUGGUGGGGCUUGACCAUCGGCGGCCUAUUAGGCACGGGUGCGCAUGGAAGCACGUUGUGGGGUAAAGGGAGUUCGGUUCAUGACUAUGUGGUGGCACUCACUAUUGUUAGCCCCAGUGGGCCUGAAGAUGGCUUCGCCAAAGUCCGGAGGCUCGACGAGAGUAACAGUGAACUUAAUGCUGCCAAGGUCUCUCUGGGAGUUCUUGGAGUUAUUUCAAAGGUUACUUUGCAACUUCAGCCUCUUUUUAAGCGAUCUAUAUCUUACGUGGUUAAGAAUGACUCAGACCUGGGUGAUGAAGCAGCAAGCUUUGGUCGUCAACACGAGUUUGCAGACGUAACAUGGUACCCUAGUCAACGUAAGGCAGCCUAUCGAAUCGACAAUCGCGUUUCUUCUAACACUUCUGGAAAUGGUGUAUAUGACUUCAUCCCUUUCCGAUCUACACUUUCUGUUGGAUUGGCUUUGGUUAGAACCACAGAGGAAAAUCAAGAAUCUCUGCAUGAUGCUGAAGGCAAGUGCAUUAGUGCUAGACUAACUACAACUACGCUCCUGACCUCAGCUUAUGGAUUAAAAAACAAUGUUAUUGCUUUCACAGGAUAUCCUGUAAUUGGAUAUCACAAUCGCCUUCAAUCAUCAGGGACUUGCCUUGAUAGUCCUGAAGAUGCAUUAAUGACGGCUUGUCCAUGGGACCCAAGAGUCAAGGGUGAGUAUUUUCUCCAAACCACUUUCAGUAUCAGCUUGUCAGUCGUUAAGAACUUCAUCCAAGAUGUGCAAAAGCUAGUUAAUUUGGAGCCUAAAGGGUUGUGUGUCCUAGAACAAUACAAUGGUAUCCUCAUGCGCUAUGUUAAGGCGUCAAGCGCCUACUUGGGCAAGCAAGAAGAUGCAAUAGACUUUGAUAUCACAUAUUUUCGAAGCAAAGACCCUGGGACUCCUAGGCUCUACGAAGAUAUACUCGAGGAAAUAGAGCAACUGGCGCUGUUUAAAUACGGAGCAUUGCCACAUUGGGGAAAGAAUCGGAACCUAGCAUUUGAUGGAGCUAUCAAUAAAUACAAAAAUGCUGGGGAAUUUUUGAGGGUUAAGCAGAUGUAUGAUCCAUUUGGGCUCCUUUCCAAUGAGUGGACAGAUCAAGUGCUUGGGCUUAAAGGCAGUGUGACCAUAGUAAGGGAGGGGUGUGCAUUGGAAGGAUUGUGUAUAUGCUCGGAGGACAUUCAUUGUGCCCCAAAUAAGGGCUAUUUCUGUAGAACUGGUAAAAUUUAUGAGAAGGCGAGGGUUUGCACCCUUAUCCGCAAGAAGAAGCAAUUGUGAUCAUCGGGGGCACUAGUUCGAUGGAUAGGCUGUAGCUUGUCAUUUGUGGGAUCACAAGGAAAAACGGAUAUUAUACUUCCAGUACUAGCUAUUGUGCUCUUUAGAGUUUUUUAACCCUCUGCAAUCUAAUUAAGGGAUCCAAGCAUCUGCUGCUGCGGCAUCAUAUAGUAGUUCACAUACAAAAGAAAAGGAAAAAUAUUUGAGCUUGCCAUUGUUUAAAAGGUUACGAUAAUAAUAAAAUCUUUUAUUUAUUGAGUUAAUUUAGAAGGGAAAUGAUUAUUCUUUCUAGGAUUUGCGCAAUAAGAGUAUGGAAUUUGUUUCAAUUUCAUUCAAUCAAA